AUGGAAACCUUUUGUUGUGGCCCCAUGUACUCUGACCAGGGCUGUGGUCAAGAUCUCUAUGAAGAAUCCAGCUGCCAAACCAUCUGUUGCCGCCCCAGUUGUGGAAUGUCAUCAGGCUGUGGCCGCCCUGUCUGCUGCCAAACCACCUGUCGCCCCAGCUGUGGUGUGUCUUCCAGCUGCUGCCGUCCCAUCUGCUGCCGCCCCACGUGUGGCUCCAGCUGUGGAGUGUCCUCUGGUUGUGGUGGUUCCAUUAGCUGCCAGACUACCUGCAAACCUAGCUGUGGUGUGUCUUCCAGUUGUGGCAGCCCUGUCAGCUGCCAAACCAUCUGCCGUCCCAGUUGUGGUGGGUCUUCUAGCUGUGGCAGCCCUGUCAGCUGCCAGACCAUCUGCCGUCCCAGUUGUGGUGGGUCUUCUACUUGUGGUGGCUCUGUCAGCUGCCAGACCACCUGCCGGCCCAGUUGUGGAUCUUCUAGCUGUGGAAGCCCUGUCAGCUGCCAGGCCACUUGUGGCUCCAUCUGUGGUGGGUCUUCUAGCUGUGGUGGUCCCAUCCUCUGCCACACCACCUGCCGCCCCAGCUGUGGCAUCUCUUCUGGUUCCUGCCAAUCAAUUCCCUGCCAGACCACCUGCUUUGGUACAUCUUGCAGCCGUCCCUGUUGUGGUGGAUCAUCUAGCUGUGGCAUCUCUUCCAGCUGUGGUAGACCUGUCAUCUGCCAGACCACCUGCCGCCCCAGCUGUGGCAUCUCUUCCAGCUGUGGUAGCCCUGUCAUCUGCCAGACCACCUGCCGCCCCAGCUGUGGUAUCUCUUCUGGUUGUUGCCGCCCCAUCCCCUGCCAGACCACCUGCUUUGGCACAACCUGUAGCCGCCCAUGCUGUGGUGGGUCCUCCUGUUAA